AUGGACACUAAAGGUUCAUUUUCCUGCGGGAUCCUGUUGCUGCUGCUCAUUCAGUUCCAGUCCAGCAGAACCAACCCCAUCUACGGCCUCAGCCCUGCCAAAGAACUGGCCAGCAUGGAGGCUCUGUUGGAGAGGCUGGAGGACAAGUUCUCACUGAUGGAGGCCCUGGAGUCCAACCCUGAUCUUCAGGAGCCCGAAGCUCAGCAAGAGACUCCACCAGAACUCUUCGAUGACAGCAGUGACCAGCAGCCCGAACCCAGGCCAGCCCCCAGCGCACCUCUGUCCUAUAGGGACCCCAUCCUCAAGCGACUGAGGGGGCUGCAAGCUCCCAAGAUGAUGAGAGACUCAGGCUGCUUUGGGAGAAGAAUUGACAGGAUUGGCUCUCUGAGCGGGAUGGGCUGCAAUGGUGAGUCCCUCCUAACCCAACUCAUUAUAAAUGGAUGA